UAAGGGCGUUAGGGGGCGGAGUGUGUGUGUGUGGGUGUGUAUACAUAACAGAGGCUCAGGCAGCUCUACUGCUCACUUCAGUUCUCAGUUGAAAUAUGAACUCUGUCCUGUCUGUCUACCUGCUGGCGAGUCUGCCACUUUACUGCCUACUGCUUACAGUGGGUAAAGGUGAGGGGCAGUUUGUUCCAGGGAGGUGUGAGUGUUAUGACACAAAGACAACUGUCAGCGGACCACUGUCUGACCUCAAAGUCACACUCAAAGGCAUCACCUGCAACACUGACCAAAUCAUAGUGGUAAUGAAGAGGACCAGUGAGCCUGUGUGUGUGAAUCCAAUGGGACCACUGGGAAAACAGCUGCUGCGCUGCUGGAAGAAAACCAGCGGAUUGGAUAAGAAGAGGUGUCUGAGAAGGAGGAGAGGGCAGGGGAAACGAGGACAGAAACAGAGGAAACACAGGGGACAAUCUAAAGAGAGCAAAAGAAGGGCAACACCAAUCCCUGCCUUAGGGUGACCACAGAGCCAGUACCUGUCCGUUCUCCUAACCAGUACUGUAGUGUUCUAGCUAGUUUACACUGUAACCCUAGACCAGACCAAUUCACACCAGAGGCACUACCGACACCAGAGGCACUGGUACCAGAGGCACUACAAACUACAGACACCAGAUGACAAACUACAGACACCAGAGAAACUACAGACACCAGAGGCACUGGUACCAGAGGCACUACAAACUACAGACACCAGAUGACAAACUACAGACACCAGAGAAACUACAGACACCAGAGGCACUACAGACACUGAACCAGAAUCUGGGUUUACAGGAGAUGUUGAAUAUGGCGAUUGUCCUUUAAGCCUAGGAAGCAGCCAUUCAACUUGCCAUUCACCAGCUUUUCAAUCUUAAUAAUGACAAAAUACGUUUGGUACUUAUCAAAAAAAAUUGUUUCGCUGAGCAACUAUCGUCAUUACUGCCGUUAUGGCCUAACUAGACGAUAGGCUAUAAAGGCCUGGGGAAAGAUGUACUGUACAUCAAACAUACCCUAUAUGGUCUACUUAAUUGACUUGCAUGAAAUAUUAUUGCAUUCCGUGUAGCGCGGGUGAAACAACAGAUUGACAUGACGUUCAUACAAUGUUGUCAAUCAUUUACCUUUCCUGCUGCUGGAUCAGCCGACCUGUGCGUGGCAGUAAUGAGUGAUUUUAUUGAAGGUGCAGGAGAGGUGGAUUUAGCGCAUGAACACUUGGUCAAAAACAAUACUUAGAUUCAGACAACACAUUUUUUUGGGUUGCAUGUAACUUUUUAUUUAGACUCUUUUUUGGAAGUACAUACUGGCCGUAAGCCCUGAUUCUUGUUCAUUCAGACACCAGAGAAACUAUGGACAACAGAGGUUCUACAGACAGCAGAGGCACUACAGACACCACAUACAAAUGUGUUGUGUUGAAUGAAUAUCAUUAAUGUAUCAUUAUGUUCGGUUACAGACAUUGUUGUUUCUAACUGUUUAUUGUAAACACUGUUGGUAUCUAUGUUGCUAUUUGUAAUACUUUUAUACUUUUUCAAGGUGUUGUUUUGUAAUAAAUAUUAAAACUGA